GGUAUCCUAACCUAUCGCCCUGCAACGCAAUACCAUGAACCCUUGACGACCGACAACGAAACGAGAUCGACGACGCGAGCAAACAGUCUACGCUGCAGCCUUACCUCACACUACUACCACGUUCCUCCUCUUCCAAGUAUCGACUGUCGAUGAUCCCUCUCCACAUGUAGCGCCUCUACGCUCAUCAGAAACAACAACAUGGAGCGCACCGCUUCCGGCCCCAAGACUCUCUUCCCGAGAGGGCCAAGCUUCACUCUGGACGACUUCUCUAACAAGGACUUUAUUGUGCGUGACUUUAUCGAUAGCCUAGCAGAGAGCGCCGUGCCCUCGAAUCGCCGGUCUGGCAGUGCGCAAACACCUUUCGAUCCAAAACCCCUUAUUCGAACAUUUGAAAAUGCCCUUGAUCAACUCGGCUCGCUUGGAGCUGAACUCCAGGAGAAGGAGUCGGAGCUUAUGUCGCAUGUGCGCCGCGCAGAGGUAGCCCACGAUUCAACACUCGAGACCCUAGGUCAGAAGCUCGACGAGUCUAUGAGGGCGUUCGAACAGUUAGAUUUAUCCCUCAAUCAAGAACAUUCUUUUAAAAAUGGAGUCGGCAUCAAAACACACGCUGGCGGCAACAUUGCGCUCCAAAUCGGCGAGAAGCUCGAGGACCUAGACAAGAAACGACGGCGUGCAAACGAUGCCAUAUUUCUAAUUCAGUGCUGGACAGAGGUCAGCGAGACGGGAAAGCUAUCACUCCUACAAGACGUGCAAAGACAGGCUGGUUCUGAGCACAAAGUACGAUGCGCAAUGAUUGUUCGACAACUCAUGCGCAUCAGCCAGCGACUUGAUCCAACAUCAUGGGGGCAGACGAACGGCCAGCGAAACGGGGGACAAACAAAUGGCGUGGUUGGAAAUAUAAGAUUACACAACACCAGGGAAGUCUUGGAAAAGUUCUGCGAGACGCUCGAGCAGGAUCUGCUUCAACAGUUCGAAAACAGCAACAAAAAGGGCAACUAUAGCGACAUGAUGGAAUGUGCAAAGGUUCUUUACGACUUCAACGGAGGUGCCAGUGUCAUUGCGACCUUUGUAAACCAGCAUGCCUUCUUCUUGGACCGCGAUCAACUCCUGGCCGAUGAGGUUCAAGUGGAUAGCGACACCUGGGAACAACUGGCAGAUCCUGACUCGGAGCCGCCAACGGUAGAACCAAGCCUGCAGAAUCUUUUGGACGAGAUCAAGAUCGUCAUGCAAGACGAGUCCAACCAGAUCAAACUCAUCUUUCCGUACUACGAAACAGUGCUUAUCAAGUUCAUUCAACGAAUAUUUCAGCAGUCAAUCCAACAGAGGCUCGAAAUGGUAUUGGAUGAAACUCUCAAAAUCUCUUCUUUGGCUUUUCUGAGAGCCUUGCACUCCUCAAGAACUUAUCUCGGAUCAUUGGUCGAAGAUCUCAAGUCCCAUGGCUUGACAGAACACCCCGAGCCUUGCUCCGCCCAAAUAGCACACACACUUGACCAGCAGAUGGAAGAGCUUUUUGUGCCAUAUAUGAUAGGCAACUCGUACAUCGAGCGGGAAAGGAAGAGCCUGGAAGAAAUGUACAGCUCCCUGCUCUUCAAGUACAGUAUAUACCAUUCCAGGCGGAAAAAGGCGCCUACUGGUUUCAUGGCUUCACUGGCCCAGCAAGGCACACAACUGAUUGCCUCCGCAAAGGAUGCUUAUAUCGAGCGUCUGGACUCGUCAGAACUCACAAGCACACAGAAGAAAAUGAUGCUGCGUGUUGCUGGCGUUCAAGAUAAGGACAAGGAUAACAAGAACGAAAUCGAGGUCUCGGAGGAGGACGGCGCUUUGAGCGUUGCUAAUGCCAAGCGCAUGCUCAAGUGGUUGGCUGAGAGCGUCCAGCGUACUCUUGAGCUCGGAACCCAGACCGAUACUCCCAAAGAUGUGAAUACUCUCCUGAACCUGCUCUUGACGAGCCUGGGCCAGGUAUACAUCGAGACUACUCUCGAUGCUGCCCUUGACCAAGUCUCUGUGCAGGAGAACACAAAGACUGAGCCUGAUCUAUCUUACUUGCCAACGAUACAGCCGGCUGUCACAAUCACAAGUCUCAUGGAUCGAUUCAUCACAGUCGUGCUCAUCCGGCUUGCGGAAUCAAACACAACAGUCAGGCGUAGCAUGGAGGCGCAGAAGAGGGUGGCCAUUAGUAACAUUGAGAAGAAGACAAACAAUGUCAUGAAGGGCACUAUCGACGUUGUGUCCAAUUGGGUGACCAAGUCCUUAGCUGGUCAGCGGAAGCAGGACUUCCGACCAAAAGAGGUCGAGCUCGACUCAUUGCAGACACAGACGUGUCUGAGCAUCUGUACUUUCUUAGCCCGCGUCCAGCGUCUCGCUCGUCAAGCUAUCGACGGCCAAAACUCAGAGAAGUUCUUUACCGAACUUGCUCUGGUGAUUCUGAAGCUGCUCUUUGAGCACUUCAAGAAGUUCCAGGUCAACGCCACAGGGGGUCUGAUGGUCACGCAAGAUAUCGCAAAGUACGUUUCCACAAUGCGCGAGUGGCCAUUGACUAAGGAAGUUGGCUCCGCUGUCGAGAUGCUCACUGAGAUUGGUUCUCUCUUUAUCGUCGGCCCCGAAGCACUCCGUGAAAAGACACGAACACUGGCGGCAUCGGGCAUAAGGGGGAAGUUGUCCAGGGCAGACUUUAGGGCGUUUGUGCAGAGGCGUGAUGACUCGGGGACGGUGGGUAUUCAGAGCGUUUUGAGUGGUCUUUGAGCGUUGGUGCAAGAGGCGGAUCAUGGGAAACUCUGUAGAAUGGGUUGCAGAGAGUUGUUUUUUGUAGCCAUGAAUGCAUUGAAUGAGAUACCAUGCUCUCUUUCCGUAGUCUAAGGGCCGUUGUUGAUGUAAUACGGAGAAGUGGUUCAUAGGUCUCGUCUCAUGCCACCAGCUCUCCCCGUCUUCUGCUCAAUCUU